CGGGGUAAUUGUACUUCCAGUGCCAGCAAGUGAAGACGAGACGGACUCAAGACCACCCAAAACGGCCGUGCCACGUGCGCCCAAAUGGAUUGGAAUGCCUGACGGCGCCGCGGCCUUCCGGGCUCGGCGCUUCGACGAGGCUGAAGCCAUCUACUCCGAGGCAUUGCAAAGCUCGAGCAGUGCCGAGGGCCGAGCACAAGCGCUUUGUAGCCGUGCGCAGUGUCGUCUCAAGCUCAAGAACUUCAAGGGCGCUCGGGAGGACGCCGCCCUGGCACGUGCAUUGCAGCCGGAGAACCCCAAAACCUGGUACCGACUGGGCUGCGCUUUGGCGUGCGGAGUUCCCCGCUUCAAUGAAGCUCUGGAGGCCUUCGAAGAGGCCAAGCGGCGAGCGCCCGAGAACACGGAGGUGGAAAGGGCUUUGCAGACGCUGUUAAAGAGGAAGAGCGAGGCAGAAGGUCGUUAUGACUGGCUGGAGGUCUACGAGAAAUACUUUGAGACGGGGCCCUUGGCUGUGGCGGCGAACGAGAGGCGGAGGCGAAGUGAGACGGGUGAGACGGAGACUCUCCCCGAGGCUGUGAUCGCCCCUUUGGCGGUGGAGCCCUUCGUUGGUCCGGUGCGGCUGGGCCAUAGCGAGGAGCGAGGUCGCGGUCUUUAUGUUACUGAAGAUGUGCCCAAGGGGAGGCUCUUGCUUUGCGCCAAAGCACUGGUCACUGGGCUCAACCAGGAGCUUCCGGCGCUGCUCCAGGCAGCCGCGGGCCGUGGCUGGCUGGGCGUGGUUCGUAGCCUGUCCCGUGGCAGCCGUGAGAGUGAAGACGAGAUGCCAGAGAUCUCGCUGGCAGAGCUCGCUGGCUGUGAGCUGGAGGCCGAGGAGUUGGAGGAGGUCCUCUCGAUUGAGGAGGCGAAGGAGAUCUUGUGUCACAACCAGUUCAGUCUUCCCCUGGUGAAUCCCAACGCGGCGCCCGUCGAAGUGGGCAACGAUUUGGAGAGAUCCGGACUUUGGCUGCUGCCGGUCUUCGUGAACCACUCCUGCUUGCCGAAUGUGCAGCGAAGCAUCGUUUUGGACUGCCUCUUCUUGCGUGCUGGUCGAGACCUCAAGUCCGGGGAAGAGAUCUUCGAUAGUUACGUGGAGACUUUGCAGCCAUUCUGGCAACGUCGAGCCGCGUUGGAGACCUAUGGCUUCCACUGCUGCUGUGAGCGUUGCGUCCUUGAGGAGGCCGUUUGUGGUGAGCACCGAGUAGAGAUUGAAGAGCUCUUGAAGGAGGCCUCUGACGCGAUCCAAGAGGGUCAAGGGGAGGACCUAGCCCAGCGCACUGAGGCUGUUGCCACCAAAGCCGAUAAUUUGAUGGACCAGUUCUUAGCAGAGACGCUACACAAAGGUGUCCUGAGCACAGAAGGCUGUACCGGUCGCCCUGUUUACGAGUUACCGACGCCGCCGCUCUCCGCUCAGCGAAUGGCUUUGCUGCGCGGUGGUUUCGAGCGGCUGGAGAGCGCUGAGAGCCAGAGCUUCCAACGGCAGAACGCCCUCCAGGCCUUGUUGCUGGCCGGUCUGGCCAAUGUGCUUCGGGGCCAUGCCUUGAGCCUGCGAGGCUUGAACCGCUACGUGGAAGCUGCGAGCGCGUGGCAACGAAUUUUAGACACCUUGGACCAGGUGCUUCCGGCCUCGGAGCUCUCAGCCUCGGUCGCCAACGACAUGCUCAGCAAUAAGCUUUUGGCCUUUCACCUUGACUACCAGCGGGCAGCCAACAAGGAGAUGCGGAGUGCUUUGCUGCGAAGCCAUUGGGCCUAUGGCGGAGGGGCUGCUGUGUGGCGUUGGUUCAGUCAAAAGCUCUUCGCACCAACUGUCUUGGAAGGUGGUUCUCAAGUGUGGAAAGAGAUGCAGAGCGAAGACAACAAUUUGGCACCGGGUGCGCCUGACAUCGGAUACAAGGUUGUCGCCCUUCCAGAAGCACCCAGAAAGGAGACGGGUCGUGGCUUUGAGGAUCUUCUCAAGCGAGCACAGAGGGAGAAGCGUGACAAGGUCCCUGAGAAGCCAGACAAGCCUGAGAGAGUACCCCCAAAGAUGUCUGGGGUCGAUGGAAGCGAGAAGUCCGAGAAGUCCACUGUGGAAGAUCUGCCGACGGGGAGCCCUUCAAAGAGCCCAGGUGCAGGUGCUUCAAGUGCCGAAAACGGCGCAGCCAGCUGCCGAAUGUCGACGGCUUUGGAGGAGGAUACCCUCUUUGUCAUCGCAGUCGUCUCUUUGCCGGGCCUGAAGAGCGCUAGCGAGGCUGCGUUGGAGGUGUCGGAGGAAGAGCUGCGAGUGGAGAGCUUCAGGCCAGAGCUGCCGCAUCGCGUGACGGGGCGCUUCCCAGUGGCGGUGGAGCCUGAGAGUAGUGUGGCCAAGUGGUCAAGAAGGCAAGCACAGCUCACCAUCCGCUUGAGGGCGAAAAAGAUGAAGGACAUGAAGAGGCUGUUCAAGGGACAGGAAGAUGUCCAAAGUCUUCCAACAAGGGCUGUUGUCCUCUGUUGGAAGGAUUCUUUAACGCGGUGCAACGUACCAUCUUCUCACGCAUGUUUGUGGGAGGGUGCCUUUCUUUGGGCCUUGGUCCUGGAGCUUGUUGGCUCAAAGCUCCACCUGGAGAGCGAGGCCUCGAGCUUUGGCCUCUCCCAGUGGAGAUGUGGCACAUUUUGAAUGUCCUGGACUAUGUGGGAUUGGGCAUCUUCAUCAUGCUUCUGGCCCUGAUGGCCAUCCCACCCACGACUGCCAAGGUGGCUCCACGAAUACGAGCUGCCACGAUGGGGAUGGUCAUGCCAACCGUCUACGCCUUUGGCCGGUGGCAAUGGUUUGUGAACACCACCUCGUCACUUCUGAAGGAGACCCCAUCCUGUGAAGACAAGGUGGAAUACUACAGAAAUCUCAGGAAUACGUAUCUCACGUUCUUGCUGAUGUUCAGCUCUUUGAUGGUGAUUUGGGUGGCGCAUCUGAAGUCAGAGCACGUCAGGCAAGAGUGAUGGAUCCAUGAGGCGCUUGGCACGUGGCUCCUGGGCGCGGAAGGCACGUGUAACUGCAGAUAGCUAAGAUCUCGUUAACGUGUUGCUAUUUGUUGCAGAUGUUUAGUAUGUGACCUACCAUUUUACCAUCCGGGGUGGGCUGUUAGCUAUGGGUGUGUUAUUUGUUUGGUGUGUACUUCUUGAUGCAGUGGUUGGAAGUUUGACAUGAGCGAAUCAUAAUUACCUCGAUCCCCCCGAAUCGUACCCCUCAAAAAAUAGGUGCAAGAACAAGGUUUUAAGGUGCUUAAUUGUGGCUUGUCUUUGUGCUUUGUAGAUGUCCAUGAACCAAGAACGCAUGACGUUAGCAAGCUUGUGAUCCACAGAACAAAGCUAGGUAACCUCUUUUUGAAGAAUUCUAUGGCCACACCAAAUCCUACCCGAUUCAUGCCCCGAAUCGUGCACCGUGGCGGUUCCGGCGUAUCUACCUGGGCCGAUGAACAUCGAUGGAAAGCAAGGCUUGAAACUGUAGACACAGGGACCAACAACACCACACAGGUGGAGGAGAAAAUAGGGAGGGCAUAGCCCGACUUGUUCUGACCGUGGCACAGAGGUCGUCAGGCUCAAACCUCAAAGCAUUGAUCUGGUGACCAGGACGGCCUACACUCCGAAUCACUAACAUGGAAGCGGAAAACCCCUGGUUUAUAAAGGAAAGUAGUCUCCACUUCCAUGUUAGUGAGUCAGAGUGUACAGUAUAUCUGUUGAAUUCCUGAGAAGCCCCGCUGAAAAAUCAAGAACAGCACCAGCCCCUUGUGUUUCACUUCAGUAUCCACGCCUUCAAGCCCCCUUUUCAAAGCUCCGACAUGGGAAUCAAGGGGCCCCUUUACAUGGAAUGAGGGCCAUCGCGACGAACAGGAACGAACAUGAACGAACCACUAGAGAGACACCAAUGUGACACAUGAGCGAACGAAACGCACCGGCGGGACGCUCGGCGCUUGACCUCGCUUCGCUCUCAGGAGCCCCAAAGACACCGAAAGUGCGCGGCUGCCGGCGGGA